GCUGCUGCCCCCCUUCCUCAUCCUGCAGCCCCGCAAGCUGCGCAGAACGCCAUCUGGCGACGCGGGAUGACCCGCAGGCACCGAGCCUCCAGCGGAGGGGAAGCGAAACCACAGCUGGCGGGAGUGCGGGGGGCGGGGGAGGCGAAGCGUGGAAUAAUUCCAUGACUUCCCCAGUCAGUCCGAGGCGUGGGAAAAGCAAGAACCGGUGCGGGCGGAGAGCGGGCAUCCAUCCGCAUUGGGUGAACCCGAGCGCCUUCGCAGCGACCCUGUGCUCCGCUCGUUCGGGUCCCUAGGUGGGAACAAACUCCGGGUGCAGAAGUCCGCGCUGCACAAGUCCUUUGGCUGGAGUUAGGCGCUGCCGAGGCUGGUGUCAGCCGGCGAUUUGCAGCUUUCCCAUAGUCACUCCCGGCGCCGCAGGGGCGCGGUUUUAAGCAGCUGGCCCCAUUUUCCCAUGCUGUGUAUUUCAAUUGCCCCAUCUCACUCUAUUCGUGGAGGCACCGUUUGCCACGUGUGGAUGGCGGAGCCCUCAGCAGCCUCUUAUAGGGUCACCAAUGUGAGCCCGUGUCCAGCUCCACAGGAAGCUUCUCGAAUGGAGUGGGGUUUGCACUGCACCGCCAGGAGCCGGACUGCUGAGCUUAGACGCCUGAGCGUCUCGAUCCUAUGCCUAAACCUUACCCAAGUCUUUUAGGGAUGGCCUAGCAGCCCCGCUUACCUGAUCGAUUACACUCAUCCAGUCUUUUGUUCCGCGAGACGCUUUCGCCCUUGCGGAAACCCAGGCGGUGGGAGGGUCGGUGCUAGAACGCAAUCUCCUUGGCCUGGCCGCACGCUCGGACUUCGGUGUCUGUGGCUAGCUCUCCACCGCGCCACAACGCCUCGGGAACAAAGGAAACCCACUCAGAGCCUCCGUGAACUCAGAAGACGCUCAGUUCUUAUUUCCCACGGAUUCCUGACUCUCCGGAAACGCUGACAGCGUAUACACUGGAGGAUAUUAUGCUGGAGAGACCACUGAUUCUUAAGAAAUGAGCCAUGGAGAAAAAAACGGCAAAGCUGGAAGCCCUGGAAGAGGCCUUAGCACGAAAAUAGGAUCUGCGUUCGGCUACAGGGUCCUAAUCCCCUCUCUUCAGCACCGGAGGGGAUGGACAGCGUCUCCCAGCUGGGCCUCCGUCUUGGGGACUUAGGUGUGCUGCUGCGGCUGUCUCUACUGCUGUCCUUGUGGUCACUGUCAUGGACAAGAGCUCUCGGCAGCUAAAAGGCGGUGCCUCCGGUCCCCUUCCUUGAUGGUUGAAAACCUGCCUUCCUCAUCCUCUUGUCACUCAUAGGAACCCGACUCCGCGUGGUUAAACUCUGGGCAGCAACUCCAAAAAUAAUUUUCUGCAUGGGCUGGAAGGAAUGCAGGCAGAAGAGUAGAGUUGAAGUUCUUAGAAGCACCAAGGAACUGUAAGCGCUGCAGCAGGAGUUGAAAUACCCAAAGGCCCACAGUUCUUUAAACAAGAACUUCCCGGACUGAAUUGCAGCUGUGGUGGAAACAGCUUUGCGAGAGGUUGGAGAUACUAAACCCCAACAUUAGAGUAGCCGAAAAGACUCCAUUUCCUCUGCUCAGCAGUCUGCUCUCCAGGAUGUUGAGAUUGCCCAAGAAAUAACGUUGCAAAGAAGACUUACCACUCUACCUAAAUUCAAAACGCAUCCUUCAGAGUGCCACAGCACAUGGAUUUCAGAACUACCUGUGAGGAGUCAAAGACAGGGGUUUGCUUGCUACAAGAUGGUAAUCAGGAACCUUUUAAAGUCCGGCUGCAUCUUGCCAGAGAUCUGCUGAUGCUACAGGAGCAAGACGUUCUGUGUGUGUCUGGUGAGCCUUUCUAUUCUGGUGAAAGAACGGUGACAAUCAGAAGGCAGACAGUAGGAGGAUUUGGAUUAAGCAUAAAGGGAGGUGCAGAACAUAACAUUCCAGUUGUCAUUUCUAAAAUCUCCAAGGAGCAAAGAGCGGAGCUUUCAGGACUGCUCUUCAUCGGAGAUGCAAUUCUGCAGAUAAAUGGAAUUAAUGUGAGGAAAUGCAGGCAUGAAGAAGUGGUCCAGGUUCUCCGGAACGCUGGGGAGGAAGUGACGCUGACAGUGUCGUUUUUAAAAAGGGCACCUGCUUUCCUCAAGCUCCCACUGAAUGAAGACUGCGCAUGUGCUCCAAGUGACCAAAGCAGUGGUACCUCUUCUCCUCUUUGUGACAGUGGCUUGCAUCUCAACUACCAUCCAAACAACACAGAUACGCUUUCCUGCUCUUCGUGGCCCACAUCUCCAGGCCUGCGGUGGGAGAAGCGGUGGUGUGACCUCAGGCUCAUUCCUCUACUGCAUGCCCGCUGCUCCCAGUACCUGCCCGGGACUGACCUGAGUCGGCAGAACGCUUUCCAAGUUGUUGCUGUGGAUGGAGUCUGCAGUGGAAUUAUUCAGUGCCUGUCUACUGAAGACUGCAUGGAUUGGCUCCAAGCAAUAGCAGCUAAUAUUUCAAGCCUCACAAAGCAUAAUAUCAAAAAAAUCAACAGAAAUUUCCCUGUAAACCAGCAGAUUGUUUACAUGGGUUGGUGCGAAGCACGGGAGCAGGAAUCACUCCAGGACCGUGUGUACACACCUGUCUUUCUCGCCCUGAGGGGCUCCUGUCUUUACAGGUUCCCUUCACCUCCAGUGACCACAUGGGAUUGGACACGAGCAGAGAAAACCUUCUCUAUAUGUGAGAUCAUGUGCAAGGUUCUCAAGGACAGUGACCUGCUGGAUCGGCGGAAACAUUGCUUUACUAUGCAGUCUGAGUGUGGGGAGGAUUUCUACUUCUCGGUGGAGUUAGAGAGUGACCUUGCCCAAUGGGAGCGAGCCUUCCAAACAGCCACCUUCUUAGAAGUAGAACGGAUACAGUGCAAGACCUAUGCUUGUGUGCUGGAGAGUCACCUAAUGGGCCUCACGAUUGACUUCAGCUCGGGUUUCAUCUGCUAUGAUGCAGCAACAAAGGCCAUACUUUGGAGGUAUAAAUUCUCUCAGCUUAAAGGCUCAUCAGAUGAUGGCAAAAGCAAAAUAAAAUUUUUGUUUCAAAAUUCAGAAACUAAACAAAUUGAAGCAAAGGAGUUGGAAUUUUCAAAUUUAUUUGCUGUUCUUCACUGUAUCCACUCAUUUUUUGCUGCCAAAGUGGCUUGUUUGGACCCUCUGUUUUUAGGCAAUCAGGCUGCUGCUUCUGCUACUGCCACCUCUGCUUCUACAAGCAAAGCAAAGCACGUGGCUUGACAGACUGAGUUCUGCCUAGCAGCCCCACUGUCACUCCUCGUUUUCAUCCGGCAGAGACCAUGCUGUCACCAUGUCAACAGUGAAGUCAGACUGCGACUCCAGUGGGAAAAAAUGUCAGGAGGUAUCUGCAGUAGAUCUUACCCUGGCAGGUAUCCGCAAAUAACCGGGAAUGGGCAGAGCAGCCGAUUCUUUCUCCUCGGAUCUUUAUCAGGACACAGCUGUCACCGUGGAUGGUGAUGAAUGAUUGGUGUAAAGUAUGUAAAUAACACAAAAAUUGUAAGCUACCUAUAAAUAAAAAUACCAAUUAAAUGGCUAUUUCUCUAUUUUAGAUUAUUUUGUAUGACAGAGACAUAGUGGGCAGAUCAUGAGCCAAUGCCCUAUCAUUGUAUUAUGAGUGUAAAAUAAAUUAAAAAGUAAAGCAAGGCAAGUAGCAUGCAAAAAUAAUAAUAAUAAAACAUUAAAACCUCAAGGAUAGAAGUACCUUAACCUACCCACAUGAGUUUCUUCCUAUAUUCCCAUCUUAUGUUUCCACAUGAGCACUCCGGUUGUGUUUACCAGAUUUAAAAUCUUCUGAAGAAUAAGUAAAGAUAAUCACAUUGGCCUGUGAUACACACUAAGAAAUGAAACAUUCCUUCUUGAAUGAAUGCUACAAAAAUGUUUUAUAUUAAAAAUGGUAUUAGUCCUGAAUGGCUAAAACACUCAUGAUUUUCCUGUUCUUCAUGUAAACACACUUAUACUCUUUUGCCUAAUGAUAUUUGUGAACAAACUAAACUUUAAUAAAUUGAUAUGACCCAAAAUUCUUACAGAGAAAAUUAUGUCAAUAAAUUCUGUUUAAGAAGUAGGACUUUGUAACCCUUUCCUGUUUAGUCAUGAAUCGAAAAGUUCCUGAAAAGUAGCCACAGAGGCAAUAAUUUCAUUUGAGUAUAUUUAUUGAGUAAAUUGAGAUUUGGAAACAAUUCUCAAAAUACAUGUCCUAGAAUGCCAUGGAGUAUGAUGAAGUAGUUAUAAUAGAUUAAGACUGCUGUAGCUAGCUUGUGUUAGCGUUAGGAAGACGAAAAGGAGAGAAAUAGGAAAUAUGGAGAAUGUACUCAUAGCUGGGAAUGGGGUCUUGCUAGUCACACAGAGCAGGAAGCAUUCUCUCGCCCUCAUCUAAGGCUCUGUAGAUGUCUGCUUUUAAACAACUGGGUAUUUAUUGAAAAGUAAAAAGGAAGCCCAUUUUUGCUUGUACACAUUUCAGUUGAUAAUUGUUUUAGCCCUUUUUAAAUGGCAAGCUUUCUAACAGGGAGUUCACUAAUGUAAGAUUGGAACUAAAAUGCCUUUCCAAAAGAACAAAAAAAAUUUAAUAAUAAAAGUUUA